AUGAUGGCAGGAAUGAAAAUUCAACUCUUCUGCAUGAUGUUUCUGGCUUUUACUUCCCAGAGUCUGUGCUCAGAUUCAGAAGAGGAAAUGAAAGCACUGGAAGCAGAUUUAUUGACCAAUAUGUACACAUCAAAGAUCAGCAAAGCAAGAUUUCCUCAUUGGAAAGUGACCCUGAUCAAUGUGUGCAACCUUGUCAAUAACUUAAACAGCCAAGCUGAAGAAACAGGGGAGACUGGUGAAGAUGAGCUUGUUAUGAGAAGGCAGUUCUCAACUUUAGAUGGCUUUAACUUGGAAGCAAUGCUGAUGAUCUACCAGCUCCAGAAAAUCUGUCAGAGCAGAGCCUUUCAGCACUGGGAGCUACUCCAAGAAGAUGUUCUUGAUUCUGGAAAUCUGAACCGUGAGAAAGAAGAAGUAAUGAAGAGGAAAACCCCUUAUAUCCUGAAGCGGCAACUCCAUGUGAAUAAAGCCAGAAGACCCUACAUACUCAAAAGGAGUUCUUCCUACUAUUGA